AUGAGUAUAGACAAGCUUAAUCAUACAGAAGAUCGUAACGUUGAAGAAGUAGAGAAAGAAAAAGAUGAUUCAAAAAAUAUAGUUACCGUUUUCGACAUAGCUUCUGAGAUUGAGAAAGCGUUAAGAGACGUCAAGAAAAGGAUAGAAGAUGAUGACGAGGAAUUCAAUAAGAGCUUAUCCAAUAUUGAAGAGAUGCUUAAGGAGCUUACAGAGUAA